AUGGAGGGUGAGCAAGUGUUGCUCAAGGUUUCACCAAUGAAGAGUGUCAUAUGUUUUGGGAAGCGAGGUAAGCUCAAUCCUAGAUUUAUUAGUCUGUUUGAGAUUCUUCAGCUUGUGGGACCGGUGGACUAUAGGUUGGCAUUACCUUCGAGUUUGUCGGGAGUUCAUCUUGUGUUUCAUGUAUCUAUGCUAAAGAAGUUUCGUGGUGAUGGCAACUACACAAUUCAUUGGGAUUCGGUUUUGUUAGAUGAAAACCUCUCUUAUGAAGAGGAACCUGUUGCUAUUCUUGGUAGAGACGUUCUUAAGUUAAGGACUAAGAAGAUUGCGUCUAUGAAGGUCGAAGGGAAGAAUCGUCCUAUUGAAGAGGCCACUUAG